GUAUUCCUUGAAUCUCCCGAUAUUUCGUUCAUAAACGUUCCAUAAAUACUCGGAAAAGUGGAAUUUCACAUGGAAUAAUAUUGCUCGCGAUGAUGCUUGACCCCUUUCUCACUGCACUCGCGGCCCUUUCGUUCUACAAAGUUGUGGAUCUAUGGCGGAUCCUCGCUGAGGCGUCAGGAAAGCUUGGUGAAAAGUUUAAAUGCCGGUCCAGAGUCUUGCCCGCGGUGCAAGAUUGCAGUAUCAUAUGGUUCGUAUAAUCUCUACAUCUGCAUUCUUCUGAUUACCUCUUUUUUUCUGCUCUUUUGCAGUCAUCAGUAAUGUUAUUGUUAUAAUAUUCUGUUUUGUUUGCGAUUCACGGCAUUAGUUACGUGCCACAGCACAAUUAUUUGCUACGUCGAAAUUUCACUGGUAGUGAGCUUGAUUGGUCAUAGACCAUGGCGGACGAAGAAAUUAAGCCCACGAGCAGCAUUGAGGCUGGUGGAGGACAAAACAAUGAACAUGAGCAUGGAAUGACUAGUCUGCCAAAUCUACCUAGUACGAGAGAGGAAACGCCUCGUGAGUUGAGUCCUGUAGCUGGAUCCAGUCGAGCACAAUCUACAGGAGAACAAGGGGUCAAACCUCUGAAAAGGUUUGAUACACUACCAACACGGCGGAGUCAACUUUCACCAGAUACCCGAAGACGCGGACGAACUCUGACUGGCCAGGUGCCUCAAGACAAUGAUCUAUCUUCAAGGAGACAAGUUUUUAGGAGAGGGACCUCAGUCCUUUCUGGAGAAAGCGGAGAUAGAAUGCGUUCCAUUCCUGAACGAGGACCCGUUCCUCCUACCACGGAGAGAGAAUCUCGUCCUAGUGGCGUCUCCGACCGCACUCAAGCUUCAGGUCUUCGCCCACGCAGGAGCACGACAAGUCGUCAACGAGGACCCUCCAUCCGAAGAAGACCAACUGUUGCAUUAGAAGCUGUAACCUCAGGAGCCGAUGUUGGAGGCGGAGAUAACUUUACGUUGGCUGGACCUGCACCAAUCGAAACCUCGGCGCAGAACCAGCCUUACGUUGAUCCAGGAUACGCCCAUCUAAACCCUGCUUAUGUUCAACCCGAGAACGUAAGGCCAGUAUGGGGUUUGGCCAAGCCUUUACCCCGUGUGGUACGUCCAGGUAUGAUUCCGUCACGUACGGAAAUCAACAUGGCACAACAACAGCAACAGCAACAGCAACAGCAGCCUCAGAAUCAGGCGGAUGUAGAUUUAGAACAAGGUAGGAUCGAACCAACCCUCAAACUGUCCAGAAUCUCAACCGCACUUCAAAAUGCUAGACAACAACGUGAAAAUAACCUCAUGGAAGCACAUGGGUUGGUUUCGCCGACAAAUUUACAAACUACGGCAUCACGGCAGGAGCCAUUGACCGCCCCGUCACAGGUCAUUGAAGAAGAGGAUUUAGCCGAUAAACCCACAAAUACAGAUACGACAUCUCCAGAACGUCCUCCAACACGCCCUCCCCUCUCUUUCGAUGGUCGUCCCUCGCAGACCUCACAAAACUCACAAAAUGAGCCUUUCCCUGCUCUUUCCGACCAUGAUGACCAAGAGUCCGUGGCAACCGAAGUUGCAGGCCCGGAUGACCUAGAUGGAGAAUGGAUUGGCCAAGAGAUACCGUUGGUAGCGUAUGAUCCCAAUUACGAUGACGAAAUCCACAAUCUUCAUACGCACUGGUCCGUUAUACGAUUACGAUUUCGAGAACCCCUUGCGGAGUUAUUGGCCGUCACUUGCCAACUUACACUCGGAUUUUGUGCCGAUCUAGUGGUGGUAACAUCAGGCAAGAAUGCAUCACCUGCAGGGAAUGAAGCUACUACCGAUUGGGCUUGGGGUCUAGCAUCAAUGCUUGGUAUCUACAUUGCUGGUGGUAUUUCCGGAGCUCAUCUUAACCCGGCCAUUUCCAUAAUGCUCUGGAUAUAUCGAGGUUUCCCUCUUCGUAAAGUGCCAAUGUAUGUUCUUGCACAGAUACUAGGAGCGUUUAUCGCAGCAUUGAUCUCAUUCGGUCUCUAUCAAACCAACAUUGUCGAAUAUGGAGGGACCGACCUGAAAACCAGCGAUACUAUGGGAGCUUUUAUUACAUACCCCAGAUAUCCCUGGAUCAACGCUAGUACAUCAUUCUUCACCGAAUUUGUCGGAACCGCAAUUCUAGCAGUCGCAGUCCUAGCACUAGGAGACGACAUGAACGCACCUCCAGGAGCUGGUAUGUCAGCCUUUAUAUUGGGACUCGUGAUUACCGUUCUCAGUAUGGCUUUUGGUUACAAUACUGGCGCUGCCUUAAACCCCUCUCGAGAUCUUGGUCCAAGACUUGCGCUCGCAGCACUUGGCUAUGGAAAAGAUCUCUUCACUGAUGUAUAUUGGAUAUGGGGAAAUUGGUGUGCGCCGAUUCUGGGUGCUAUUUUCGGAGCGUUCUUAUAUGAUGCUGCAAUCUUUGCAGGUGGUGAAAGUCCUGUUAAUUAUCCACGGAAGAGGAUAAAGAGGGCCGGUCACAAGUGGAGAAAGAAGUGGGGUGUUAGGCUGAGGAAGAUGAAGCCCGCGAAGAAGGGUGAGGAUGAGGCAUAUCGAAGGUGGAAAGAGAGUCAGUAAUUUUUAGAUGGCAAUAGAGAGGAAUCUUGUAUGAAGUUGAUAGUGCAGUGGAGUUUGAGAGCUACUAAUAUUUAGUUGUAAGUUGUUGAUGGGUAUAUAUAGGUAUAGUCUGAGAAGAAAGUUUGAAAGGGAUAAAUUAGAGAAUAUCAUAACAUAGCGUAGCAACGAUACCAUUUCCCCCAUCCUGGAAAAGAGAGGAAAAAUAAUUAAACUUCUAGAAUUCA